GCGCACGGCUGUCACCCCUCACGGGACACACGCACACUCUCACAAGCACACGCAAACAGAUUCAAACGCACACACGCGCACACACAUGUAAACAGUAGGCGCGCGCACCCAAGCGUGCGUCAUGCGUCCUGAGAGUAACUUGCCAGUUUGGCUGGAACGCGCCAGGACGCACGAGAUGACCACCGGUACCGUGACCAGCAGCGGCUGAGGGACGGACAGCCAGCCUCGCAACCUCGACACCUUCCCGGGCUGGCUGCAUGCCCUCCGCCGGGAAAGUAUGGAUUACCUUCCCACCGGAGGCAACGACAGCAACGCCACCGUCGGGUACCCGCCCGGGGUGGAGGUGGUGGCGGACUGGCUGGGCUCCGACGACAGCCACAACAACAACACCGGCGGUUCCUACUCCUUUCCGUUCGUGCAACUGGGCUACCAGAUCGUCACCUCCCUUCUGCUGGGUGCGCUCAUCCUGUGCUCCAUCUUUGGUAACGCGUGCGUGGUGGCCGCUAUCGCCCUGGAAAGGUCCCUCCAAAACGUGGCCAACUACUUGAUCGGAUCCCUGGCUGUGACGGACCUCAUGGUGUCGGUGCUGGUGCUGCCCAUGGCGGCCCUGUACCAAGUGUUGAACAAGUGGACCCUGGGCCAGGGGAUCUGUGACUUGUUCAUCUCUCUAGACGUGUUGUGCUGCACCUCAUCCAUCCUGCACCUGUGCGCCAUCGCUCUGGACCGCUACUGGGCCAUCACGGACCCCAUAGACUAUGUCAACAAGCGCACCCCGAGGAGAGCCGCGCUCCUCAUCAGCGUCACCUGGCUGGUGGGCUUCUCCGUAUCCAUCCCGCCCAUGUUGGGCUGGAGGAGCGCCGAGGACCGAGCCGACCUGGAUGCUUGCAUCAUCAGCCAGGACCCGGGCUACACCAUCUACUCCACCUUUGGGGCGUUCUACAUCCCUCUCAUCCUCAUGCUGGUCCUUUAUGGGCGGAUCUUCAAGGCGGCUCGCUUCCGGAUCCGAAAGACAGUGAAGAAGACAGAGGUCAAAGGUGAGCGUUGCUUGACAUUAUCCCCCGCGGUGCUCCACAAGAAGAGCAACGGGGAGGCCGGCAGCGGUAGGCCGUGCAUCAACGGCGCCGUGCAGUUUGGCGACGAGGCCGAAUCCCUGGAGGUGAUAGAGGUGAGCAGUUCCAAAAGCCACCUGGCCCUGCCCAACACCCCGCAGUCAUCCUCGCACGAGAACCUCAGCGAGAGGAACUGCGGUGCCAAACGCAAAUUGGCGCUGGCCCGAGAGCGCAAGACGGUGAAGACGCUGGGCAUCAUCAUGGGCACGUUCAUCUUCUGCUGGCUGCCGUUCUUCAUCGUGGCCCUAGUGCUGCCCUUCUGCGGAGAGAGCUGCUACAUGCCCGAAUGGCUGGGCGCCGUCAUUAAUUGGCUGGGCUACUCCAACUCCCUGCUCAACCCAAUCAUCUACGCCUACUUCAACAAGGACUUCCAAAGUGCUUUCAAAAAGAUUGUCAAGUGCAAAUUCCACAGACCGUGAACGCAACGCUCCAUCAGAUUGCACCUAAUGCACUGUCCACAGGCGUCCAAAUGCAAGAGCUGUAUCAUAAUCAGAGCCUUGUCUCAUUUGUUGGUAUUAACCAUGUUUAAUACUGUGUUUGUAGUAAGCAUUGCAUCACAUUGUGUGCGUUAAAAAGAAUACAGAUUACCAGCCAGAUGCUUAGCUUAGCUUCCACCUAUAGCAUCAAAGUUGACACCAAACUGUAUUAUUAUUCUUUGACCCUCCAGAGCUUCCUCUGCAGGUUUAAAGUUGAACAAAAAGAACUGACACUGACUUGCAUUCAUUUAAUAAUUUGUUAUUAGUUAUGUAUCAUUACCUAUUGAUGUUAUGUAUUUAUUAUUCAUCUUUAUAUUCUUAUAUUAUUUGUAUUCAUAUGCAAUUAAUUCUGCCAGAGGUGUAUUAUUUAAACACCAAUGCUAGUAUUUAUUUAUUUAUAAUUUUGAAUUGAAUUGUAAUUUAUUUCAGGGUUCAGUUUUUAACUUUAACUUACUUUACUUAACUCUACAGUAAUUUUAUUUAUUUUAUGUACCGUAUUUUCCGGCCUAUAAGGCGCACCGGCCUAUAAGGCGCACCUUCAAUGAAUGGCCCAUGUUAAAACUUUAUCCUUAUAGAAGGCGCACCGGACUAUAAGGCGCACCAUUAAUGCAUCAUGUCAGAUUUUUAAUCCAAAUCAAAUCAUUCUCCAUUUUAUCUUUUUUAUUUCAACUUCAGACGGAAACAAAUUACUUUAUAAUCAUAAAAUAAUGAUCCAUAGUCUUUUUGAGUCAUGAUUCAUAGUCUUCAGCGGGCCACUUAUGAUUGAUUUCAUGACACAAUGCUUUGGGCCAGUUUAAAUUUAGGAAUGUGGUCCAUAUAUAAGGCGCACCGGGCUAUAAGGCGCACUGUUGGUUUUUGAGAAAAAUUUAGGUUUUUAGGUGCGCCUUAUAGGGCGGAAAAUACGGUACUAAUUAUUCUCUCUGCCUUUAAAAACCUUGAAUUUAUUUAUUUUAAUUACAAUUUGUAUGAUUAAUUUAUUUGUUAAAUAUUCAUAUUUAAUAAAGAAAACCACAAUUGUUCAAUAGCAUUUGUAAAGGCAAAUGUUUUGGGGGAUACAGCUCUUGAAUUUGUGCAGGUGUACCGAACAAAGUGUGCCAUGAGCACACAUGGUCAACCACGUGUUGGGGACUUACGCAAAGGAAAAGAGGACAUGUCUACUGACAGUGUAAAGGGCAAAAAGAAAAAAAACUGAAACCAUCCAAAUGCACAGACUUGAAUUCAGGUUCUGUCUCUGUGUGUCACAAGGCCUGUGAUGAAAACAAGGAUUCUUCACACGUGCGUUUAUCUCGUGUUGUGCUCACUGUGUUUGUUGGCUGUCUGCAAUGGCGCCCCAUUGUUGCCAAGUGCUCUCCAUCCACGCAUUUCUGUCAUGCAGGUCGACAUCACGAGCUUUGUAGCACUGAAACAAUAAAACGCAAUCCAAGUCAUUCCUUAUUAAGAUAA